CAAUAUUAUGGUAGUUAUUUAAAGUAAAAAUGUUAUGAUAUUUAAACAAAUGAAAUUAUAUUGUUAUUUCCUAAUUUGAACUAUAUUUAUUACGUUAAAUACAUUGUUAUCAAUUAAAAUUAAAUUAACUUGUUGAACAAAUUAUAUUAGUUUGGUUUAUAAUAGAAAUGAAUAUAAAUAGGAUAAAAUGUUUAAUAUCUUUCUUAACAAUUAUGGCCGUUACACGAUUACAUUCUGCGCUUCAAACUGGCGAUAAAAUUUUAGAAUAUGGCUACCCGUUGGAAAUUCAUGAAUUCCAAAGUGAAGAUGGUUAUAUGUUAGGUUUUGAGCGAAUACCACACAGUAAAUACAAUACAACUGUUGGUAAACCAGUUUUGAUGGUUCAUGGUUUAUACGGAAGCUCUAUGUUCUUCUCCGUUCUUAACACAUCGCUUGCUUUUGCUGUGUCAGAUGCAGGAUUCGAUGUCUGGCUACUAAAUUUCAGAUUAUCCGGUAUUUCCAAAAACAUUAAAGACCCAAAAACUGGAAUUAUUCCUCCAUUGCAAAAUACUUCGUGGGACUUUAGUUUUGACGAGUUUGCCAUUUACGAUUUGACUGCUGCCAUUGAUUAUGUGUUGAACAUAACAGAACAUGAUAAAGUGGAUUUAACUGGAUAUUCAUUAGGAGGCACUAUAGCUCUAAUUGCGCUGUCAGAAAGGCCAGAAUACCAGAGUAAAGUUAAUAAAUUAGUUAUGGUAGGACCGACGUCUAGAAUGAAAUAUUAUAAUGCUCCUGCUACUAGGAACUUCCCUUUAUUAAUGAGAUUUAUGAAAGGACGCGUGUACGUGCCUCACAUUAAAGAUUAUGACAAUCAACAACUUGGAUACUACUGCUUAAAGGAAACAUUAUUUGCAAAAUUAUUGUGUACAUACAUCGUAAACGUAGUACAAGGACGAAUUGUAUCACAUAACACUAAAGCUUUAGAGAUAUUAAAAAUAUAUCCACAGCCGACGUCUGUCAAAGUUAUAACGCAUUACUUUCAACUAAUAAGAUCAGACCGUUUUUGCAAGUUCAACUAUGGAAAACUUGGAAAUCUUAAGUACUACAACUCCACUAAACCACCGGAGUAUGAUUUGUCAAAAAUAAACGUCGCCGUCUAUAUUUUACAUGCAAAAGUGGAUCUUAUUGCACCACCAAAAGAUAUUCGAUGGCUGAUAAAAUCUCUACCUAAUGUAAAAAAAACCAAAUGUGUUCAAGAAGUAAAUUUUAGCCACUUGAGCUUUGUAAUCAGCCCGAUAGCAAAAUAUUUCGUAAACAGUUUUGUAGUCGAUAGCCUGCAAGAAGAAAUAUAAUUGUAUAAUAUUUGAAACUAUUCAAGAUUGUUGUUUAUACGAAGACGAUGUUAUAUUUUCAUGUUAUCUAAAUACAUAAUAAAAUUGGGUAUAAACUACAACUAUUAACUACGGUUAUGUUUUUUAUACUAGGUAAUACAAACUAAAUGUU